AUGACUCGUUUAUAUUUAUUUUUCAUUGUAUUACUCAUCGCCGCACAAGUUUGCAAUUCUUUAUCAUGGCUGUAAGUUUAUUUAUGAAAACUUGAAAUGUGUAGUGGGGAGAACAAUGAAUGCACUUCUUACAAUUAGAAACUGGUUCUGGAAUAUUCUUUGAAAAUUUCAAAUUCUCACGUUUGUUUUGUUGAUCGUUCGAAAAUUUCGAAAUUUUUCUGAAAGUUUAAAAUUCUCAAAAUUAAAAAGAACUCGAUGAAAAAUUUCGAAAAUCAAUUUUAAUUUAGUUUCAGAAAAUAUAUUUCAUUGAAAAAAAUCUGAAAUUCUGAAUUGAAAUGCUUUAAUUAAAAUUUCAAAAGUUGAAACUUUGAAAAAAAAAACCUUUUGAACUUAUAAUUUUUCAAAAAAUAAUUCUUGAUUCUAUGAGAUAUUUUUCUCAGAAGUCCAUUUUCCAAUGUUUUAGAGCACACAAAAUGUUCCACCUACAGUAAUUUUCAUCCAAUUUUUUGGAGCCCAUUUUUGAGAUUGAUUUUACAUCUUGAAGAUCAAAACUCAAAAUUUUGGAAAUGCACAGUCUGUAUUGAUCUACAGUACUCAUUUUCUUUCAGAUCUCUUGCUCUCGCUUCAAAUAACAUUGAAAAAGAGAAACCUGGAAACACAUGUAAAUCCAUAAAAGGUUUAACUCGUCGACAAAUUCGCUUUUGUAAAAAGAACAUUGAUUUAAUGGAAAGUGUCAAAAAUGGAGCAUUGGCUGCUCACGGCGAAUGUCAAUUCCAAUUUCAUAAAAGACGAUGGAAUUGUACUCUAAUUGACCCAUUAACUCAUGAAGUGAUAACUGAUGUAUUUUUGAAUGAAAAUACUCGCGAAUCCGCAUUUGUUCAUGCAAUUUCAUCAGCCGCGGUUGCUUAUAAAGUAACUCGAGAUUGUGCAAGAGGAGUUAGCGAAAGAUGUGGAUGUGAUUAUUCAAAAACUGAAACAUCAUCUUCAGCGACUUCAAGAUCUUCAUAUAUGUAUCAAGGAUGUUCGGACAAUAUUAAAUACGGUAUUGGUGUUUCGAAAGAAUUUGUCGAUGCGGCCGAUCGUCGACCGGUCAAAAAUGAUACUAAUAAAACAAUUGAGGAGAAUGUUCAUGUGAUCAAUUUGCACAAUAAUCAGGCGGGAAGAAAAGUUCUCGAAAAUUCGUUGAGAAGAGAAUGUAAAUGUCACGGAAUGAGUGGAUCUUGUGAAAUGAAAACGUGUUGGGACGCUUUACCAUCAUUCAGGUAAAAUAAUUUGAAAAUAUUGCACAAAAAUCCACGUGGCAUAAGUGUUUUCGAAUUAUGAUUUUUUGUAAAACGUGGAAUAAUUUUCCGUAAUCAAAAUUUUUCCAAAAAAAACUUCGAAAAUUUUAAAAUUAAAAUCCACGUCUUUUUUAAAAUUCAAAUGUUUUAUGCCAAAAAUCGAAGAAGGAUUCACCGUUCACGUCGAUUCAAAAAUUUCCAUGUUUUGUCACGAAACUAAGAAAUUCUAAUUUUUCAGAGAAAUCGGUAUGAACAUCAAGGAUAAAUUCGACGGUGCAGCUGAAGUCAAAGUCAUUCAAGAAGACGAAAAAUCGAAAAUAAUCCAGAAAAAUUCGCAAUUCAAACGUCACACGAGCGCAGAUUUGGUAUACAUGACACCAUCUCCCGAUUUUUGCGAAGCUGAUAUAAAACGUGGCAUUUUGGGAACUAAAGGAAGACAAUGCACACAAUCACCAAAUGCGAUUGAUGAUUGCACUUUAGUGAGUUUUUUUCUAAUAAUUUAUUUCUUCAUAAUAUUCAAUUUUUAGCUAUGCUGUGGUCGUGGAUUCAUCAAAAAAGUGGAAAUCAUUGAAGAUAAAUGCAAUUGCAAAUUCCAUUAUUGUUGUCGUGUUGAAUGUGAACCGUGUCGAAAACGAAUCGAGAAAUUUUUCUGUCUCUAA